AUGUCCCCAGGCCACCGGACCCUGUACAUUGGGGUCCACGUUCCCCUGGGGAGGAAGUCCCACCGACGUCGCCGUCACCAUGGCGGCCACAACAAAAACAGCAGGAAGAGAUCCAAAGAGAGGGAAUCUGGGGUGGACGGCGAUGGCAGAGAAUCACCCUCCCACAGUAAGUCUAUGGGGGGAGUAUGCUGCAAAGAAUGUUUCCUGUGAUAAUGUGACCAAACCACACUCUUUGAAAAAAGGGUGCCAAAAGGGUUCUUUAGCUGUCCCAAUAGUAAAACCCUUUUUUGUUCCAGAUAGAACCAUUCUGGGUUCCAUGCAGAACCCUCUGUGGAAAGGGUUCUCCAUGGAACCCAAACCGGUUCUAUUUGGAACCAAAAGGGUUUUACCUGGAACCAACAAGGGUUAUUCAACGUUUUUUUAAAGUCUAUGGGAGGAGUGUACUGACAAAAUGUUCCCUGUGAUAAUGUGUGACUUGUCAUUUGUUCUUGUUUCUCCAUCAUUGACAUUAGCCAGGUCCCAGAUCUCUUUGUGCUCUUGCCAACUAUCAUUAAUGAGCCAAAAGAGAACAGCAGAUGUGAUCCUGAUUCGAUAAUGCAAUGGUUAUGCAAAUAUACAAGGGUUAUGCAAAUAUUGGAAUUCUAUCACUUUUUUUGUACCACAGAUCCUUUUUUUCUCAAGUUGCUAAGCAACCACUAUUUGUCUGUCCUGACGAAUAGUUGCUAGCUCAUGUCGAAUUUCUCUAACUAAAUCAGUGACCCUGCACAAAAUCUGUCUGCAUAGUGAACGUUGAGAUUGCCGUAAGGCCAGACUGUUCGCAAGAGUGCAGAACAGACUGGCACCCAGGCUACAUUGAUUGAUGUCUCUUCACACUUUAUGCACUCUUCCUAUCUCUCGCUCUCUUUAUCCCUCUCUUCUUUCUUUCUCUCUCUGAUGUCUAGGAAGUUUGCAAUCGUGCUCUUUUGGUCAUGAACUAGGAGACUCUCUCUCAUCUCUUCUCCCUCUCUCUCUCUCUCUCUCUUCUCUCUCUCUCUCUCUUGAUUUCGUUCUCUCUCUCACACUCUCUCCCCCCUCUUUCUCUCUUUCACAUCUUCCUCCCUCUCUUCUCUAUCUCCAUCCCCCAUCUCCCUCUCUCCUCCUCCUCCUCCUCUACCCCUCUACAGCAGACACCCCUGCCCAGAGGGUGCAGUUCCUGCUGGGGAUGGAGGAUGGCGACGAGGAGCACAUCCCUCACGCCCUCUUCACGGAGCUGGACGAGAUCUGCCUGAGAGAGGGCGAGGACGCCGAGUGGAAGGAGACCGCCAGGUAACCAAUCACACGACCCGCUCCAGCUCCUCGGCCAAUCAGGUGUCCGUUUUCUGCUUAUGCGUCUCUGUUUUGUGUUUGCAGGUGGCUGAAGUUUGAGGAGGACGUGGAGGAUGGAGGCGAGCGUUGGAGUAAGCCCUACGUGGCCACCCUGUCUCUACACAGCCUGUUUGAGCUGAGGAGCUGCAUCCUCAACGGCACCGUGCUGCUGGACAUGAGGGCCAACUCACUGGAGGAGAUCGCCGGUACGUAGAGUGGUGCUGGAGUGGAGGGUGACCAGAAGGUUGCCGGUUCAAAUCCGAGGGUUGACAGGGAAAAUCUGGCGGGAGUGAGCCUGCAACUGGAGAGUUACUGGAGUUAGAAUAUCAGGUGCCAACGACUGCCGUUGUGCCCUUGAGCAAUGCACUGAACCCCUAACCAAUCUAUAUGUGUGUUCUCUCAGAUAUGGUCCUGGACCAGCAUGAGGUGUCGGGCGCGGUGGGGGAGGAUGUGAGGAGGAGGAUCCGUGAGGCGCUCCUGAAGCAGCACCACCACCAGAACCAGAAGAAGCUGGCCAACCGCAUCCCCAUCGUACGCUCCUUCGCAGACAUCGGCAAGAAGCAUUCCGAGCCCCACUCCAUGGACAAGAAUGGUGAGCUCACCAACCAAUCACACACCAACCAGAGUUUUGUGGCUUUUCUUAUUGUUGUGCUGUAUCGUGUCUCUGUGUGACUUGCUGUUGUCUGAUUAAAUAUCUCAACUGCUAUCUACAUUCUCUCCUUUUGUUUGUGUGUGUCGAUAUGUGUGUGUGUGUGUGGAUAUAUGUGUGUCUAUAUAUGUCUGCUUGUGUCUGUGUGCAUGUGUGUGUGUUCUUUACACAUCCAGUCGACAGCUCCCUCCUUUUUUGCACCUUUAAGAUGAAGGCCCCCAAGACUGACACAAACACAAGCAGACAGGCCUUGUCCUGCAGACCAUGGCCUCUGUGUGUGUCCACCUCCAUCACCACUCCUUCCCCACCUGUAAGCCCCACCCCGUGCCUGCCCCCCCUCAGAGCCAUACAGCCAAUCCCUGCCCUGCAGAGCUAAGCGGAGCUCCAUUCGCUUCAGCUUCCACCAGGCUGUUGCCCAGGGUUACUGCCCUAUCCCAACAAUGGACCCAGACGAGGAGAUCUAUACAGGCAACUAG